AAGCACAGAUCAAAGUCUCCAUCAUAAAUAUGUUCAGUUACCAGCAUUGCACAGGAUCUUUUCGUGGGAUUCAGGGACUGGACUUGGCUGGCUUUACACUGCACAGCAAAAACACAAACCAACCGUUCCUAGACCUAAAAGGAGAGACAUAAUCUUGUGGCAGUGAACACAGGGAGAUAAGAAUGAAUUUCUGGAGGAAAAUGAAGAGGUCAGACUGGGUCUUCCCGACUGCUUUACUCUCUCUUUAUGGUUUCUUUGCCAACUGCAGACCGGCAGAGCCUUUCCUUACACCUUACUUAGUGGGACCCAAAAACAUCUCAGAGGAAGUGGUAACAAACUACCUGUUUCCUAUCUGGACAUACUCAUAUCUGGCAGUGCUCUGCCCAGUCUUCCUACUGACAGAUUUGCUUAGAUACAAACCUUUAAUUGUAGUUCAAGGCCUUUUUCUUGUCAUAAAUUAUAUACUUCUGUGUUUUGCUAACAGCUUGACCGCUCUGACCUACCUACAGUUCAACUUUGCAAUGGUCACCUCCACCGAAGUGGCCUAUUUUUCAUAUAUCUACAGCGUCAUACCUCCUGAGCGCUACCAACGAGCCACGGGGUACGUCCGCAGCGCCAUGUUGACUGGCUAUACCUUUGGAGCCACAUUAGGCCAGCUGUUAAUAUCAUUAGCUGGCACAAGCUACUUCCAUAUAAACACUAUAACUCUAGGUCUAAUGGCAGUGGCUUUCUGUGUUUCUUUGGUCCUGCCAAUGCCUCAAAAUGGAAUGUUUUUUAAGAAGAAGGUGGAUGUGUCUACGGAGACACUGAACGAGGUUGGAGGAACGGAUUUAGCAAAGGAGGCUACAGGAAGAUGCUGUGCUUGGGGAAACAUUAUUAAAACUUCCGGAAAACAAAUGUGGAAGAGUCUCAAAGAAACCUACUCCUCCAGAAGUGUGGUGCAGUGGUCCCUCUGGUGGGCUCUGGCCACCGCUGGAUAUGGACAGGUCUUCAACUACGUCCAGCUGAUGUGGGACCACAUUGAGCCCUCCAGCACUGCCUCUGUGUAUAACGGGGGAGUGGAGGCCGUCUGCACACUUGUAGGUGCAGCCGCAGCGUUCUCCGUGGGUUAUAUCAGAGUCCAGUGGGGGGUGUGGGGCGAGCUCUCUCUGGGGGGUUUCUCUGCCAUCGGUGCAGGGUGUGUCUUUCUCAUGGGCUUCACUGAUAAUAUCUGGCUGUGUUACGCAGGCUACGCUGUCUUCAAAGCGUCAUACAUGUUCCUCAUCACAAUCACAAUGUUUCAGAUCGCACUUAACCUCUCUAUGGAAUGUUAUGCUUUAACUUUUGGCAUUAACACUUUUGUUGCUCUUACACUUCAAACUAUACUUACUGCUGUUGUGGUGGACAAUUCAGCCCUGGGACUGGACAUCACAACACAGUUUCUUGUAUAUGGAGGUUACUACAGCACCAUCUCUGUGCUCUUCCUCAUGCAAGGCUUGUACACAGUGUGUAAGCAUUACUGUAACUCUGCAGCAACAAACACAAGCCGGCCGCCUUCUGCCAUUCUGGAGGAGAAAUAUAAGGAUCUUGAUCCACAGACAACACAAAAUAAGAAUGAACAUUCAACACUAUAACUUCACGCACAAAAAGAAAGCUACAAUGUUUUUUUUUUUUUUAAUAAAUCACAAGCCCACUG